AUGGCUGAAGCGGUAGCAGCGCUAUACGCCGUCGAGACGGCUGUCGAAGGUGCUGCCGUCGGAGCAGUUGCACUGGCACAAUCAACUGCGCCGCUGCAUUUGAGUUUCCGCAAGAUCCAGUCUCCAACACAGGGACGAGGACUUGCUAGAUCGGGCCACACGGUCAAUGUUGUCAGGGGUAAGGUAUAUCUCAUAGGGGGUGAUGGUCAAAAUGGUGAAGAUGGAACGAUAGCCACAUUGACCUUGCCGGUCGCGUCGUCCACGGGGGGAGAAGGGACUUUGGAACCGCAGGACUUCCAGAUCGUGAGUCCGGAGUUCAAGAGUUUGGAGCGUCCGCUAGCUCGGCAAACGCUGUCUGGAGCAGAUGGCUCUCGAGGAGGAGACUUCAACAGAAUAGGGCAUUCCUCGACUGCGAUUGACGACAAGCUAUUCGUAGUCGGCGGUGGGAGCUCCUCUGGCGGGUCUGCCCAUUCGCUCGACAAAUUCGUUGUUUUCGACACCUUGACCAGCAGCUACAGCAUUCUGGAGGCUGAUAUAUCGAGUUGUGUCGAUGGAAUACCUCCACCGCGAACAAAUCACUCCGCAACUGCCUCGCCAUUUCCAACACCGAGUUCAUUACCAGACGGUCCCACGGUCGACGCCCACGGAACAGUCUUCAUCCACGGCGGACGUUGCACUGAUGUGGACACCAGUCAUUUUAAAACGCUGCGAGAUACGUGGGCCUUCGAUAUUGGCACGCGGGUUUGGGCGAAACUCCCAGAUAUCCCAGACCCUUGUCCAUUGGAAAUCGCUGGUGAAGGCCGGAUCGUCAACGUCAAUAAUAGACUCUGGAGACUCGGGGAUGGGUUUGGGAGAGUCAUGUAUAUUGACCUCAAUGGAAGUCAUUCCUCUGGUGCUGGAUCACAGAUAAGCAUCGCUCUCAAGACUGGUGUCAAGUGGGAGGUGGUCAACUUUGGGACGGAAGCCACGGAUGGUGCCUCUCAAGGCAAGAUGUCCUCCGAACCCGCCACCACCUCGAGUCAGCCGGUCUCACUGCCCCUACCUAGAGUUUCCAGUGGGGUUGUCCCCAUCACAACAGGAUCGGGUCGAGAACACCUAAUUUACUUCAUGGGCCGAGACAGUGUGAUCGGACCUCUUGACGACUUCUGGUCCUUCCAGAUUGAUGCUGACAAGAACACUGCUGCAAGUGUCAAGGACAAGAUUAGAGAUGCAGUUGCCGCUAACUCAACUAGCUCUUGGAAGUCUGGGAGGCACACCUGGGCAAAGUGCGAACAGAAGAAGGAGGAAAAGCAGGAGAGCAGAGAUGCGGUUGCUAUGUGGCCACCAGGGCUGUAUGACUUUGGGAGCGAUGUCUGGUCAGAUCAGGGCAGGGACGUCUUCUUGAUCUGGGGAGGAAAGAAUCGCGGUCACGAAGGCAGUCAGGAGGAAGUGGUUGAUGGAGGGUGGGUGGUAACGGUCAAAUGA